GAACCAAAAAAGGGUUAUAGAGGCUGCUUUACACUGUCUCAUUCAGUUCCUUUGCGGUCCUCCUCUUCAGCACAUGCCAAAGGAGUUCCUCACAACCUGUGAGACAAGGGCAUCUUGGAUGCGGGACAAUGGAAGAGUUGGAUGCCUUAUUGGAGGAACUGGAACGCUCCAGCCUCCAGGACAGUGAUGAAUAUUCCAGCCCAGCUCCUCUUCCCUUGGAUCAGCUUUGCAGAAAGGAGAAUAACCUUAAAGAGUCUUCAAAUAUUCUUUCUGUUCAGGAUAAUAAAAGUCCUUUGCCGGCGCAGCCUGUGUAUACUACUGACAUCAAGGAGCUCAAUGUCUACAGUGAGGUCCGAGAGCCAGAGGAAUUACCACCACCUUCUAAAACCUCAGCAGCCACUCAGUUGGAUGAGCUCAUGGCCCACCUGAGUGAAAUGCAGGACAAGGGCUUUCAUGAGAAGGACCAGAAGCCUUACUGCCGAAAGGAUUUCUUAGCCAUGUUCUCACCCAAGUGUGGUGGCUGCAACCGCCCAGUUUUGGAAAACUACCUUUCAGCCAUGGACACUGUCUGGCACCCAGAGUGCUUUGUGUGUGGGGACUGCUUCAGCAGUUUUUCUACUGGCUCCUUCUUUGAACUGGAUGGACGUCCUUUCUGUGAGCUCCAUUACCAUCGCCGCCGAGGAACCCUCUGCCACGGGUGUGGGCAGCCCAUCACCGGCCGCUGCAUCAGUGCCAUGGGGCACAAGUUCCAUCCUGAACACUUCGUGUGUGCUUUCUGCCUGACACAGUUGUCGAAGGGCAUCUUCAGGGAGCAGAAUGACAAGACCUAUUGUCAACCCUGCUUCAAUAAGCUCUUCCUGCUGUAAUCUCAACUGAUCCGCAGCCUUUUCUGAUCCCCCUAUAAAAUUUAAAAGAAGAGAGAAAAGAGUAAAUUUGCUGUUACUGACCUUCUGCUUAAUAGGCAUAUAGAGAAAGUAAAGGUGAUGAACAAAUAAGGGAACUCCUAGACUUUA